UUUUUCCAGCCAAUUUAAACUCUGCUCACACCUCACAAGGGGGGCACACUCGUUUGAAGAAGGGAGUCAUGGAUGACCGCAGAAGUGGACUUCAACUCAUUUUUGCAGUCGCAGUGCUGAUCGAGAUCUUUGGAUCCUGCUUGAGUGCAAAUGUUAAAAUCGGCGUGCCGGAGAACUAUGAUGGCAUUUUCCCCUGGUAUUUAUCCAAGCUCCACAGCCUUCCGGGCAAUUACAGUGACUUGUCGGUGACAGGAGAUGAUGAAGGCAUAUUUGGAGUGGACUCGCAAUUUCUUUAUGCUCUAAAACCACUGGAUCGAGAAAAGCAGCCAUCCUACUCACUGCAGGUGUCCUUCAGAAUGUCAGGGCAGCGCCAAAGCUUCACGGUGGAAGUGUGCGUCAUCGACAAGAACGACAACGUGCCCGCGUUCAUUCAGGAGAGCAUGCGGGGCAGCGUGCAACUGGGCCUUCUCAAAGGGAUACCCUUCAUGCAGGUUGAGGCGCUCGAUCGGGAUGACCGCAACACCGCCCACGCCGAGCUACGUUUCCGCCUAAUGGAGCAGACGCCCAGAAUCCCCUCCCCGCAGAUGUUCUUCAUUGACUCCAUCACCGGAGAGGUUUCCCUCACUGAGGACGGAGCUUCAACACUGGACCCCGAGAUGUGCGGCAGAUAUAAACUAUCAGUGAUGGUAAAGGACAUGGCUGGGAAAUCGAACGCUUUCUUCACCACUGGCAUCGUCACCGUUGAAGUGACGGGCAAUACUUGGGCAUCACCGGAUCCCGUACGAUUGCAGGAGAACCUCCCGGGCCCAUAUCCCAUCGCCAUUUCCCAGGUGAAAUGGAGUGGAAGUCAAGCAGAGUACAGUCUCGAGGGGGAAUUUCCAGAAAUGCUCUUCACCAUCAGCCGAGAAGGAAUCAUUUAUCUCAACGCGCCGCUGGACAGAGAAACGCAAGACCAGUUCCUCAUCAGCAUCGUGGUGGAGCGUCCGGACGGCCAAGAGAUCGCCAAGCCGGUGGAGUUAAGAGUCAUGGUGGGUGACGCCAACGACAACCGACCCACGUUUCCUCAGGCGCAGUACCACACCGUGGUCAAGGAACUGGCUGCUCGAGGAACGGAGAUUUUGACCGUUCAGGCAGCUGAUAAUGACGAUCCCAAGACGGAUAACGUGCGGAUCUUCUACCGCUUGGUUGGCCAAAUCCCAGAGAGUCCCCGCGCUCUGUUCAGAGUGGACCGGGACUCGGGUGUCAUUUCAGUCCAAGCAGACAGCAUGGAGGGAACCGCGCCGCAGUACACGCUCACCAUCACUGCUGAAGACGCAAAAGGUCUGAACAGUUCCUGUACUGUGGUGGUGACAGUGCAAGACGAAAACAACAACGCACCCGUCUUCUCCCAACACGAGUAUGGACCUUUCCACAUCUCUGAGGAUGCUCCAGUAGGCACCACGGUGACAGCUGUGCUGGCAAGCGAUGCUGAUGUUCGAGGAGGUGACAGCUGGCAAGUGAAUUAUCAUUUGGAAUCUGGAAACGAGGAAGAGGUCUUCUCAUUACUGAUGGACAGGCAGACCAACGAGGUUUCACUUGUCCUUUCAAAGGUAAACAGCCCCCCCCCCCGCCUCCCCUUUUCCUUUGCUCAAGGUAACUCUUCCUUAUCCGCCUCGACUUUGGUCACGGUGCAAAUUCUGGAUGUGAAUGACAACAGUCCAGUGUUGGUGGGUGACUAUUCGUGGAAGUACUUAUGUACCCCUCGCUGGGAAGAGCAAGCGCUGGUGCUGGCCUCGCGUGACAGCGACGGGCCGCAGCACGGAGGAAGACUCAACUUCUCGCUAAGGAGCGACGCGACAGUACGACGCAACUGGAAGCUCACGCCCAUCAAUGAUACUCACACGAACCUGUCGUUGAACACGCCAUAUCUGGCCCCCGAGGUUUAUACCGUGCCCUUCACCAUCUCUGACAGUAGCUCUCCUCCAAGGAGCACCUUCAUAAACUUACCAGUGACAGUGUGUCCUUGCAACAUCAGGGGAAGCUGCAAAAUGGCAGCCAAGCAGCUGGAGGGCAUGCCGACCAUCCAGUCUGCGGUGGGCACCCUGCUCGGCACAUUUGCGGUCAUCGGAACCAUCCUCGUUGUCGUAUUUGUGCGACUGUCAUACCAGAACCCCAAACAGCCGGGUAACACGAACCAGGAAAGAGUUCCCUUGAAAAUGUCCAUCUGAACGUGUCCAAUGCGCUGAUGGAACCACUCUGCUUUACUGAAAGUCAUGCUCCAGUUCUAGUUCUGCUGUUGUGUAGAGGAUUUGCUACGUCACAACUAGGUUUAGCUUUUAGGUGGUCUGGUGUUUGAGCUAUGAUGCUAUUUUUUUUGCUGUAUUUCAUGUCAUUUUAGGUGUCGUUGUUUGCACUUGUGCCUUCUUUACACUGCAAAUAUGUCAUAUGUAGGAAUAGCCACGGUUUCUUUUCCCUUUAGUCCUUGCCUUGUGACAUGAAUAGAUUGUUGUAAAACCAUAAUCAGAUUAACAGAGAAUAAGAUUCAACACAA